UAUAUUACAGUUCGAGCUUGCUGUUGCUUCCGGAUCUGUUCUGAACUGCUAUUGGCUGAAAAUGUACUUCCGCAUCCACCUGGUACUGACGCGCGACAAUAAAACAUGGCGGAAGCUGCAUGUGACAGUGACAGUGAUGUUGAGGUUACAACACAGAGCCGCCCAAACCCACCGCCUAAACGAAGGCGUAUCCUUGACCCUUCAGCCUUUACAGCUGUGCCUAUUUACUCAGAAAAGGUCACACGCAGCUUACAACUGAAACCAGCUGUCUUCAAAAAAGUCGACUGCACAGAGGUCAGUGAAAAAGAAGUCAGUCUGUGGCCUCUGUCUACAACCAAGAUGAAGAGGAGACCAAUCAACAUAAACCUGAGUGAUUCUGAGGAAAAGGAACCAGAUAAUAUUCAACUGGAGAGUAAAACUGCCUCUUCACCUUCACCUCCCAGCACCCCACCUGUUUUUAAAACUAAAAGAGCAAACAAACAAUUAAGAGAAAUCAACAAGAAAUUGGAUGCACUUCAGUCGCUCAUGUGUUUAACACCUGAAAGACCUGAACAUAUUCCAGACUCCUGUGACAUCCCCUCCAAGAUAAAUGACCGAAAUGAUGACGAUGACGACAUUGUAAUCAUUUCAUCUAAGAAUAAACAGAAACGACCUGAGCCAGAAGAACAUGCCCGGGAAAUCUCACUGAAAUUUCGAUGGCGAAUGGAUGUGCACAGAAUUCUAGUGCUUUCAACAGAUCCUCUGAGCAAGGCUAUAGCUCAGUUAUCUGUCAAACUUAAUGUCCCGCCCUCAAAAAUACUUGUACUGAGGAACGAUGAUGAGCUUUCAGUGCACUCCACAAUCACACAAUUAGAUCUUGGCAUUGCAGACAUCAUAGACUGUCUUGUGAUAACCGAUGACAAAGAAGAUGAAAGCAUCUGUGAUGUCAUCACUCUGCGACUUCAGGGCAAAGAAAAGGAAUCCACAAAAGAAUAUUCUUUACACAAGGAUGCUACUCUGGGUUCCAUCCUGUCACAGUACACUGCAGGUCUGUCUGCCACUGCUAAGCGCAAGGUCAAAUUCCUUUUUGACGGAUUAAAGGUGACACACAAUCAGACACCUUCACAGCUGGAUAUGGAGGAUGGUGAUGUCAUUGAAGUCUGGACCUGAUUUCUGUAACAGUGUUUCAUAUCAGCUACCUCAUUUGCUAUAUUCUCUUUUUAACAGCUAGAUUUGAGUGUAGUUAUAACUUCUGUUUAAUAAUUAAAAAAAAUAUAUAUUACUACAUGAUGUAUACGGUUUGGUUAUUUAUAUAAGUUGCAAUAAAGAAAAAAGUUUAAAAGCA